AUGUUAGUCCAGUCUCUACUGUUGAUCGCCUGUCUAGGAUUUGGGGCGUUCUCAGCCCCCACUGCCCCCCCGGAGACCCAUCAACGUCGGUCCUUCAAGGUGGAAAGCAUUCUGCGCGAUAACGACAUUCAAGGCCCUAUCGCUCUACGCCAGGCCUACCGAAAGUAUGGAAUCAAUCCGAUAGACCUUGGGGUUGAGCUUCCCGAUUUCGAACCGGUUGUCGUGAAGAACGCCGUUGCUAACAAGAACAUCUCCGAGCCCGAGGCGGCCGGCGCCGUCAGUGCCGCCUCCGUUCAGGAAGACGCCGCAUUUGUCUCGCCCGUGAUCGUCGGCGGCCAGAAGAUCAUGAUGAAUUUUGAUACGGGCUCCGCUGACUUCUGGGUGAUGAACCCCAAUGUGGCGGGCAUCGACCUGGCCGGCCGUGAAGUGUUCAAUGUCUCCAAUUCAACCACGUUCCAGAAAAUGGACGAGGCGACCUUCAGAAUCAGCUACGGUGACCGAUCUUAUGCAUGGGGCUACGUCGGCACCGAUACCGUCGACAUCGGCGGCGCCGUUGUAUCGGGCCAGGCCAUUGGGAUUCCUACGACCGUGUCCAGCUCCUUCCUCGAGGACACCCACUACAACGGACUGGCGGGGUUUGCCUUCUCGACAGUCAGCACCAUGCGGCCUCGCCAGCAGAAGAAUUUUCUGGAGAAUCUAGCCAAGGAUCUCGACGAGCCUGUGCUGACCGCCUCUCUCAAGCCCAAGGCCGUCGGCGAGUACGAGUUCGGCUUCGUCGACCCCGACAAGUACCGCGGUGAGCUCGUCAAUAUCACCGUUGACCCGUCCAAUGGCUUUUGGCAGGUCCCGUCCCUCCACUACAAGAUCGGGAACGGCACGCUGAUCAAGCGCGACAACGCCACCCCUGCCAUCGCUGACACAGGCACGACGCUCAUGCUUCUCGACAACGAGGUCGUCAAGGCCUACUACGCCCAGGUCCCCAAUGCUGUCCACCUCUUCAAUGUUGGCGGGUAUGCCUACCCUUGCAAUCAAACGCUACCCGAUCUGUCCGUCGGCUUUGGUGACAGCCACCUGGCUUACCUCCCGGGCGAGCUUCUGGGGUAUUCGCAGAUCGGCACCAACCAGACCACCGGUGAACCGGUUUGUUUCGGGGGCGUACAAUCAAACCAGGGAAGCAAAAUGCAAAUCUUGGGUGAUGUCUUCCUGAAGGCAUUCUACGUGGUGUUUGACCUGCGUGGGCCUUCGAUCGCGAUUGCUACGCCUCACUGA